AUGAUCCGCGGAAGCACUUCCAAAGGCAGGCGAGGCACCAUCAGGGAACUUCUCUUGUGCUUCAGCAAGAAGAUCAGCGAAAGAUUCAGCCCUGUCGCGGCGGAGGAGCAGGCUCAGACUCCUGAGACGAUUGGCCGGACUGCCGCUGCUCCCUUGGCCCGCGCGGUUGUGGUCGCUGCUGUUGCUGGUGUUGCUGCUGCUGCUGCUGCUGCUGCUGCUGCUGCUGCUGCUGCUGCUGCUGCUGCUGUUGCUGUUGCUGCUGCUGCGGGUGCUGCGGCUGCGGCUGCUGCUGCUGCGGUUGCUGUUGGUGGCGGUGGUGGUGCGGCUGCGGCUGCGGCUGCGGCUGCGGCUGCGGCUGCGGCUGCGGCGGCUGCGGAUGUGGCUGCCGCCGCCGUUGCUGUUUCUGCCGUUGCCGCCGCCCUCGCGAGGGCUGCUGGGGCGGUUGCAGCUGCUCCGACUCCUGCAGCUGCUGCUGUGGGAGGGACGAGGGCUGCAGGUGCCGAGGUGACCGCCGAAGUUGCUGCCGCUGCUGCUGCUGCUGCUGCUGCUGCUGCUGCUGCUGCCGCCGCCGCCGCUGCUGCUGCUGCUGCUGCUGCUGCUGCUGCUGCUGCUGCUGCUGCUGCUGCUGCUGCUGCUGCUGCUGCUGCUGCUGCUGCUGCUGCUGCUGCUGCUGCUGCUGCUGCUGCUGCUGCUGCUGCUGCUGGGAGCAUCACUGAAGGCGCAAGCUUGCCCUCUUGCGAGCAUCUCCGUUUGUUCGCCUCCUACCUCUCCAGCUACUAUGGAGCCUCUGCUGACCUUCGACUCUUUCACAAAAGUCAGUCAGCCUCCGUUCAGUGUACCUCGGGCGUCUGUCAGGGCGAUGUCCCCUCCAGCGUAUUUUUCUGCCACAGUAUCCACCCCCUGCUCCUCCAUAUCGCAGAGCUUUUUCCCUCUGUUCGAGUCUUGGCCUAUGCUGACAACGUCGUGCUUGUCGGUCCACUCGAGGAUGCCGUUGCAGCUACGUCCGCUAUGAAGAAGUACAUGUUAGCUGAUCUGAAGCUAGAGAUUCAACCUCGCGAGUCGAAAGUUUACAUCCCCUCCUGGCAUCAACACCCUGAUCUCUCGCAGCUGAAGAAGAGCCUUAAGCGCCGUCUCAAGACUCAACUUCUUCACUUCGAGGUCGUCACUGGCGGGAUUACACUUGGCGGCCUGCCUAUCGGCACGGAUGGAUUUCAUGCUAGUCAGCUCCGAGCGAAGGUUUCUACCCUCAACGAAGAGCUCUCGAAGCUCGGGCUCGUCCAGCAUGGCUUCAUGUUCAAGACGCUGGUGAGGGCGAGCCAUCUCCAGAAGCUGCGCUUCUUCCUCCAGGGGUCUUCUCCGUUUCUCCCGCGGGUCCAAUCACAGAUUCGUCGCUUUGACCUCUCUGUCCACCUGGCGCUAGAGAAAUACCACCGCUGGCCUUCCUCGCAGUACCUCGCCGCGCAUCCCGACCUGCUCGAGUUUGCGAGGUUCAAGCGGGAGCUUCCGCAUAGUCGGGGAGGGGACGAGUUCACGCCCUCUGAGGGUCUACACCCCGCUGUUUACUAUACGGCUAUCGCUCGCUUCCUCGCUUGGUACUCUGACCAGCCCAUGUCCCGGACCUUGCCCUCUCCUCAUAGCCUGGACGUUCACUGCUCGAGAUCUCUCCGUGCCCAGAAGCAUCCUCUGGCGACCUUCUUCGUUGAGGCGCACGACUUCGUUCAUAAUGCUGGAGCGAUCCUCUACCGUCGUGUCAAGGCUCCUGCACCGGCUGCAGAUGGCGCGGCGAUCCCACCUGCCCCGGCUGCUGUGCCUGAUGACGCAGGCCGCCCCCCGGCAUCUGUGGUACACAUCCCUGGUUUGCGCGCUCUCGUCGACUCGUCUCAUGAGCACUUCAUUCCUCCCCCUGCGCAGCGAAAUGUGACUCCUCUUGUAAUGCGCGUCUUCCCUCGACAUGUGCAUGCUCGCGCUGCGCUGACCGAUCAGCAGCGUGAUAUCCUCACCUUGCACAGCCGCAGGACACACUCGCUCAAGUCGCAGGAUAGGGUCUUGCAGUCUACCAUCUUCGCUCAUUUUCCUGAGCGAGACCUGAGCCACUCUCCGAUGCGAGUCUCGAGCUACUACCCCCUCAAGGCCUUCCCGCACCGCUAUGCUCAGAUGCUCGACUGCUAUCUCCAUGGCAUGCCGAUCUGCCAGUGUCCGACGGAAUGUGAUGGAUGUCAGCGCGAGCUCGACCCCUCCGUUGCUGCACAUCAUCUCCAGACCUGCAAACGCCGAUCCUCCAAGCUUCCCACGGCGCAUGACAACCUUACUCGUACGAUUCGGUCGAUGCUGAACGAAGCUGGUCUUCAGAGCGUCAUCGAUACAGUGGGGGAUCCUCGUUCUCGACGGCAGGUACCCUCCCAUCCUCAUGGCCGCAAGAUGAAGGGCGAUAUCCACAUCCCUGGAAUCCGCGAUCGAGGGUCCGAGCAGUACGAGGGCUUGAUGGCGGACGUGACGUUGGUCCACCCUUACAUUGGUAGCUCUGCCGACCUGACCAAGUGGGGGGAGGUCAACCUCGACGCCCUCCAUGUUGCAGCGUCUGAGAAGAUUCGCAAACAUCGCGCUGCAUAUGCUAUGACUACUCCUCCUCGAGCGUUCAUCCCUCUUGCCAUCUCUUUUCGGGCUUGUGUUUUGUGUGUGAUUGUGCAGCUUCUCGCUGUGGACUGUGUACCUGCCGUAAAUCCUAUAUAUGUUGCAGCGUCUGAGAAGAUUCGCAAACAUCGCGCUGCAUAUGCCAUGACUACUCCUCCUCGAGCGUUCAUCCCUCUUGCCAUCUCGACGGACGGUACCCUGCAUCCUGACACCCUCCGCUUCAUCUGGUAUUUGGCGGACAUCAUUGCUCAGCGCUCGAUGCCUCUUGAGGAUGCGGCGUUUGGUCGGCACUUCGUGCCUGAUGACGGCCCUGCUGCUGAGGUCUUGGCUCGCAAACGCGCCGCCACCUAUCAGCGCCUCACCAUGCAGCUGACGCUGGAGGCGCUCUUGUCUGGUGCGAGGCGCAUGACGCCCUUGCGGGCGCAAGCACUUCUCGAGCCAGAGGACAGCUCCUCCUCGGACUUUGUCGAGUCGCCCGAGGGGGAGUCUUCGCCGGAGGUCUCCGACUCCGAUGGGGGAAACCCUUCGAGUGGCCCCGACGAUCGGCGCGGAGCUGGCGAAGCGUCUCCGUCCCUCACUGUGACGUCGGGUGCCUCCGGAGAGCUCGACACCACUGGGGUGCUUGCUGCUGGUCCGAGCUCGCCUGCUUCCUCCCCGGCAUCGGUCGCCGGGUCACGCCGGUCCUUGGGCAUUGCCGCGGCGUCGCCGCCGUCACGGGCGGCUACCACUGACUUGGCUACCGCUGACUCGGAGGCUAGCGAGGAGGACUACCUCGAGCGGUACCGUGUUCAUGUGUCCAGCCUCCCUCCGUCCGCUGCCCCAGGCGGACCCCCGGGCAACGCCGGCUCCUUGUCGGCGGCUGCCCUUUCUCCGUCCGCGGCCGCCCGCUUUGUGGCGGCAGCGGACGUCUCGACUGACAGUGGUCAGUCGGCUGCCUCCGGGUAUCGCGUGUAA